UGGAACCAUGAAGUAUGAUGUACAUAGGUGCCCUCCCUGAUGAGGGUUAAUCUGUUCGAUGCAUGAAUUGUUAGGAAGAGCAUGCAAUUACAGCAGAUUAAUCGCAUGAAGACAUCUAUGAUGUCUCUAUAGCCAUCUUAGUCUGUUCUAAUUAGAUCAAGAGAAUUCUCCAUCUAUAAAUAACUCAGCACACGCUUGUUGUGUUGUGGAAGCAUUGUGUGGUUGGCGAUCUGUGCACAUAGCACUGUUGAUCUCUCUCUCUCUCUCUCUCUCUCCUCCUCCGCCUCCUCCUCUUGCACUCCGAUUGACUUCGGUCUCCCACCAUCACCUACCUCACCAUCGCCAUGGAUGAGCAGAGGAACAGCCCAAACCGCAGCUCCACCGCCGCGGAGGCCGUCCGGUCCCGUUGGACCCCGAAACCGGAGCAGAUCCUGAUACUGGAGUCCAUCUUCAACAGCGGCAUGGUUAACCCUCCCAAGGAGGAGACGGUGAGGAUCCGCAAGCUGCUCGAGAGGUUCGGCUCCGUCGGCGAUGCCAACGUCUUCUACUGGUUCCAGAACCGAAGAUCGAGGUCCCGCCGCCGCCAGCGGCAGCUGCAAGCUUCGGGUGGUGCAGUUCUGUACGAACCAGCCUCCUCCAGCUCGUCGAGCACAUCGUCCAAUAACUCUUCCGGAGGAGGCAGCUUCUUUCCCUGCUCUUCUUCUGCCUCUUCUUCCUUCUCUAGCUUGGUGGUGCAUGACGGAGGUGGUGAUGAUCUCUUCUCGAUCUCACGCCAGAUGGGCUUCAUGGGCAGUGGCCAGAAUCCUUAUGUGUGCCCUUCCCUUGACCAUCAACCUGGGACUAUUACUGUUUUCAUCAAUGGCAUCCCUUCGGAGGUUCCAAGGGGUCCUAUAGAUCUGAAGGCUACAUUUGGCCAAAAUGUGACGCUCGUCCAUUCCUCUGGGGAGCUUCUUCCGAUCAAUGAAUAUGGAAUUCUACUGCAGAGCUUGCAGAUGGGUGAAAGUUAUUUCUUGGUAUCUCAAUCUACUUAGUGUAAGACAGAUGGCAUCAGCAGAAUGAAAUGACUUCAAUGAUUUCAUUGACCAGAACUUAGGAUGGUUCAUUGAUUUGGGUCUCAGAAGAAGAGAGCUCACCUCUUCUUGACACUUCAAUGAGCUGCAACAACAUCAUGUGUCUUAUUCCACUGUGGCUAAAGCUGCUGUUGCUUUUCUACUGUUAUGGUGUUGAAGAGUCUUUUCUUCAAAUAGAUUGAAGAAAGAGGGUGUUGAAGAGUCUCAACUUGUGUGCACUUGCUGGUGUUUGUAUUUGGGAGAACAGGAAACAAACAUAUUGUAUUUGUAUGUUUGUUUAUCCAAUUGCAUUUGUGGAGUACAGCAGAAACAGUAC